AAAGAAGCGCAAAAUGAAAGCCUGAAUUACAAAGGCAAACUCCGAUCCUAAAACCUAAAAUGGUGGAAUUAGAAAAAUUUACCCAAUUUCCAUCUUCGGAAGAUUCAAUUAUCCAAUCAGGACAGCUGAAAAGUUUCACUUUUUCCAUCAAUUGCGUCAAUGCAGACGGUGCCCAGAUGCCGGAGCUUUUUGAUUUCGCGGAAUUCGAUUGAUUUUUCAUCAACCAAAUUCGCUUAUUUGCAUUCAACUCCAAUUUACAACGAAAAAUGGAAGAACAAAUGGGAUUAUGACUCUGGGGGAGCUCCGCCACCAUCGAAAAAUUAUGCCCGAUAUGUGACGCGUCAAAAGCGAGCUGAUUCAAAGAAGGCACUUUGGAGUCUCGUCUCUAAAUAUGGGGAGUCAGGAACUUCUUUUCAGAAAUUGCAUGGAGCAAGUAGCUGGGAUCUCAACAGUGGUGAGAAAUCGAAAAGCUCCACAAAUAAAGGCCGUUCAAAGUCAGAUCGUUCUCAAAAGAUCCACAACCAUAGAAUAAGACGUGAGUUUCGAAAACGAUAUCUGUCGGAAGACGAUGAUGAUCAUCGCGAACCUCGGUUUCAAGCUUCUUUUGGAAAUAGACGGUAUUCAUGGUCAUGGACGGGAACUUCUCAAAGAUCAACUCCUGGAUUUGAUUGGAGAGAUUCAUUUCACCAUACAAGUGAUCAUCAAAAAGAUUGGAAAACAACAGAUGAACCUGAUUCUGAAGCCGAGGCUUUUAAUGUAGGAUCAUGUUCAGAUAGAGCUGUCCUUGGCCUUCCGCAAAAUGGUCCUCUGAAGUUGAAAGAUGUGAAAAAUGCUUUUCACUUGUCGGCGCUGAAGUGGCAUCCUGAUAAACAUCAAGGCUCUUCACAGGCAGCAGCUGAAGAGAAAUUCAAACUGUGCGUCGACGCUUAUAAAUCAUUGUGCAGUGCAGUGUCUUAAAUCUGAAGCAGGAAAUAACACUUCAAGAUCUUCAGUCAUGCAGCUUGUUUUUUAGUUAUUAUUUACUGUGAUUUAUAUGACCUUCCUUUAAAAAAAUAAGGGGGUUCUAGAUUUAUAUUUAGUUGUUGUCAAACUCAAACCCGGUUAUACAUUAUUUUCUGUCAUUGUAUUGUAGAACAGAUCUCUUGGACAGUUUAUUUUCUGAUAGUUUUAAAUAAAGUAAUUUUCAAUGGGAUACGA